AUGGGUUUAAGAGUGAUUAGGUACCAGUCAGAGGGAUGGAACGAACCAAAGGUCUUUUUCGAGUCCCGUCAUCAGCCUGGGGACAACUGGUCGAGAGCUUUAGGCCCUACCCCACCUAAGCUCUUCACUAAACUUCAACGGGCACAGGCGCCACAGUUAGCCGAAUGCGUCUACUCUAAGUCCUGGCUUCCGCCAUCAGCGGGCUCCGAAACCGCUGCUCCGAGCACGUCCUCUGAUGACGCAAAGCUCCUAUUCGGCACAGUUUUCUCCCUUCGAAAUAUGGUCCGUAAGCUCGGCGGCGACGACGAUGCAUUCAUCAGCUACCGAACUGCCCAGUAUAAGCUACACUUUUACGAAACACCCGCCAACUUGAGAUUUGUUAUCCUCACCGACACAGCGACCUUGAGCAUGCGCAAUGUGCUACACCAAAUUUACAUCAACCUAUGGGUGGAAUAUGUGGUCAAGAACCCCCUGGCGCCAGUGGAACACAAAAACGGCGAUGGUGUCAAGAACGAGCUCUUCGAGUUGGGCCUCGAUCAGUUCAUCAGGGGCUUGAUGUGA